AAAUAUCGACUUUUUAAUGGAAAGUCGCGCAUUAUACUUUUCUAUGCAAUUUAAUAUGAAUUGCACGGUGUGUGUGUGUGUGUGUGUGUGUUUUGGUCGAUCGUUUUUCUACCAUCGUUAUGCCGAAAAAUAAGUUUCCACGUGUGAUCUUGCAGCGGCUCAACAGGUUGUUCUCUGCGCACCGACCUGCAGACAUGUUUCAUCAUGUUUCAUCAUGUUCGAUAUGAUCGUCCGGUGCGCGAGCGCGCGGGUACUGCGCGUGCACGCUCCUCUUUUCUAAUGAGAUCAGACAGACAACAACGGUCAUUAAAGAUAAUCCCGUUGAACAGUUAUUGUGUGAUAUAUAGGUCCUGUCCUGGUGUCAACAUGCAGCAGAUCUAUCUCUGUUAUACACCCCCCCUGUGUUUUGUUAUUCUUUGUGAGUAAUGACUAAGGUAUAUUUGUGUUGCUAUAGUCACACAGAAUAAAUCAUUAUUUGUGUUAAUUCACUUAAAGCUUCUUAUGGGAGUCAGUAUUAAAUGUGUGUUGUUUUGGUUCACCCUUCAUAUUCUUGCAUGAUUGUAGUCUUGAAUUGUUUCUAUUUUUAUCAGUAAUUCAAUGCUGAUUUACUAUUAUUAAUGUGCUGCUGCCAUUGUCUCCGCACGGUCAAAUGAGUUGUAACCAAAAGCCGGAAGGGUUUUCGAUAAAUCCGCCGGAUGGAGACAGCAAAGGCCAACAGUCUGAUCGCAUAGCACAUGGUUAGUGUCACGUUUUCUGUCUCUGGCUUAUGUAUUUAUUUACUUAUUGAAUCGGCGCAGGCAGUGAGAUGUGAAAAUAGGAGGGAAUCUUUGGUGCCGCUGCAUUGAUCCAUGCUUUGAAAAUAUCAAAACCGUGAUGACAGUUAGAGUGAGUCAGACAAAAAAACCUUUCAGCCCGCGUUACUGCUGUGAGCGAUUUGUGUUUUUUCCCUCAAAUCACUAAACACUUGAGCUUUUUUUUCUGUCCUCCUCCUGAGUCUGUGUCAUCGGUGAGUAAGCAGACACAAAGACAUAGAUUGAUAGAUAGAUGGAUGGAUAGAUAGAUAGAUAGAUAGAUAGAUAGAUAGAUAUAGACAUAGAUAGAUAGAGAUAGAUAGAGAUAGAUAGCAGCCUCCUUUGUUCCAGUAACAGUUUGUCGUCUGCUGUGCAGCUGAUGGGAUUUGCCUCCCCCUUCCCUCAUCAGUGUUAAAGAAAGCCAGCUGGACAGUGAAAGAGAAGGAGAACGAGAGACUAUAGCCCUCUGGUAUUAACAGUGUGGAUGUACAUGACAAAUGGACUACAGGUCAACACGGAUUAAGCCUUUUUUUCCAGUUUUUAAAGGGUUACUUUUUCUGCCACUGGUUGUUAAUGCUGCAUGUGUCGAAUCUAAACGGAUCAGAACCCCGCCUGGUUAAAACCCAGUGGCUCAUGCAUGUUUUGGUUUGAAGCGGCGGUGGACGACAGUUUUACACAAUGUGACUGGAUCUAGAGGACGCCAGGAUGGAAUCUGGUCCGUCACCGUCCGCGGACCUUCUACACCUCAACGCCAGCAGCUGUCUCAAUAGCAGCAACAGCAGCUGGAGUGGCCUCCUCGAUGGCGACUCGCUGAGGAUCAAUGGCACCCUGACCGCCCAUGAACGCCUCCACAACGCCCUGCUGGGAGUCUUCCUGGGACUCCUUUCUCUCCUCACCGUCUUCAUGAACCUGCUCGUUCUCUACGCCGUGAAGCGGGAGAAGAGCCUCCACACUGUGGGGAACCUCUACAUUGUCAGCCUGUCGGUGGCAGAUCUGAUUGUAGGGACCACGGUUAUGCCUCUGAACUUGGUGUACUUACUGGAGGAUGAAUGGAAGCUGGGCCGGGCUGUCUGCCAGUUUUGGCUCAUUAUGGACUACGUGGCAAGCACAGCCUCAAUUUUCAGCUUGUUCAUCCUGUGUUUGGACCGGUACCGCUCCGUCAGACAACCGCUUAAGUACCUGAAGUAUCGAACGCGGGGGAAAGCCAGUGUGAUGAUUUCCGGUGCCUGGCUGCUGUCAAUGAUGUGGAUAAUUCCCAUUUUAGGAUGGAGGUCCUUCACACAUGUGGACCUUAAACCUGAGGAGGAGAACAAGUGUGACACAGAUUUCCGCUUUGUCACUUGGUUUAAAGUUAUUACUGCUGUCUUCAACUUCUAUGUGCCCUCCAUUUUGAUGCUGUGCUUUUACACUAACAUCUACUUGGCUGUGAGACAGCAUCUGAGAGACAGGGAGAGAAUCAUCCAUCCAACCGAUUCAUUUGGGGAAAAUGAGAAUGGACAAAUUGUUAAGACGCCAGAGAAAAAGGACUCCAAGUCACCCCAGAGUGAGUGCGAGGCUCCGAUCAAACUCUUUAAAAACCAUCGCUUGUUGGACCACAACACUCUAGAUCAGACGUAUUCCCUGGAUGAGCCUGCUCAAACCAGAACUGCACCUUCCACAUCUCACAGAAGAAUUGCUGUGAAGUGCCAGAAGACAUCACUCCUUGCCAUGACAACACGACGACUCAGAAUGGCCCGAAAGGCCAAAAGCUGCUCCUUGGCCCCUGAAGUGAAGCAGCCCGAUGCCGAGAUUCCCCUGCGGCGACCCUCGGCGCCACCGGACGAGUUUUGCUCGGAGGGGAAUUAUGAGCUCAAUCUUCAGGCAUCUUUAAAUGAAUGUCACGUCACAGUGCCUAACUCGGUUAGCGGCGUCUGUGAUAUCAGUCAGGUUUCGGACGUGCAGAGGUACACGUCUGCACUCUACAGGAGCUACGACCUCAGUCACGCUCUGCCCUGGGCCGACGAAGGGGUGGAAGAUCCAGCCAUCGCGGUGACUCUGAGACAGACAUGGCAGAAGUUUAUCGUCCAGUCACGUCAGCGAAUCCAAAGCCUGAGGAUCCACAAAGAGCACAAAGCGGCCAAGCAGUUGGGCUUCAUAAUCGCUGCUUUCUUGUUGUGUUGGAUACCGUACUUCAUAGCUUUCAUGGUAAUGGCAUUCUGCAGAGAGUGUGUGCACCACGACCUUCACAUGUUCACCAUAUGGCUCGGUUACAUCAACUCCACUCUCAACCCCUUCAUAUACCCGCUCUGCAAUGGGAACUUUAAACGGGUCUUCAAAAGUAUUCUGAACAUUCGUUUGUGACGGGAAAAUAAGUAAAAUACAAAUCUGAAGGAAUCUAGAUGCUGCUGAUAUUCACUUAUGAGGACGUGACUGCCAAACAAUGUGGAUUUAAACCAUACUCAUAUUUUAAAGUGUCAAACGUUUGUGAUUGUUCUUAUCUUUGUAAUAUACUGAACUUCUUAGACUCAUGAUAGCUGAUGAAUCUGAUGUUAUUUAUCUUGUCUAUGUUGUGCUACAAUGAUAAGUUGUGUCUGGGACCAGAGGCCUUUAAACUCAAAGGAAUUUGAUCUCAGCACUGAGGAAACAGGAGCACAAGUUGGAGACUUUGUGGUCCAGAAUGAAGGGAAACUAUGUCCAAAAUGUGUGUUGUUGUUUUUUAAGAAAAUCUGUUGCCUUAUUUAUUUUGUCUUUUUUGCACUGUCCAUGUAGACAUUCAGUGUGGUUCAACAGGAUGCUAGUAUAAUUCUUACAAGCGCUGCCAUGAUUUUUGAAAGUAUUGUUUUCACUUGUCACAUUGUUUUCUCAUCUGUAAAACAGGAAAUGUCCAGGAAAAACACUUAUCCUGGCUCUUGUCUACUGAGCAGAUAAGGGAUCUAUACAAAUCUGCUUUUAUUUCACCCGACUUUCUUAAAUAGUGAAAAGAUUUAAAUGAUUACAUAUUUUUGUUUAUCAGAUUGAAGCCAUUAUCUUAACAUUAAUAAACCAAAUAAAUCUCCUG